UGUCUAGCGCCUGCCCCCGGGGUGGGAGGCGAGGCACAGCGCGGCAGAGGUCCCAUUACCUGUGACUGCUCACCCGGCAGCUGGGGCGGGAUGCCGAGCCUGCUGGAUGUUGGCGGGUUCAUGCUGGAGCGGGUGGCCACGGGCAGCCCCCUCUCCAUGGUGCUGGUUGCCGCUGCCUUCGUACUGAGUCUGGGCUACCUGCUGCAGCUGGGUUUCUGGAGCCAGCCGCGGCCCGGCCAGGGGAAAUACCCACCUUAUAUUUCAUCUAAUAUCCCUUUUCUUGGACAUGCAGUAGCAUUUGGAAAAAAUCCUAUUGAAUUUUUAGAAAAUGCGUAUGAAAAGUAUGGGCCUGUGUUUAGCUUCACUAUGGUGGGCAAGACGUUUACCUACCUACUGGGUAGCGACGCUGCUGCUCUAAUAUUCAACAGUAAAAAUGAAGACCUGAAUGCAGAGGAUGUAUACUCUCGACUGACCACACCAGUCUUUGGCAAGGGAGUUGCUUAUGAUGUACCUAACCCCGUAUUUUUGGAACAAAAGAAAAUGCUAAAAACUGGGCUGAAUAUAGCUCAGUUUAAACAACAUGUACCUGUAAUUGAAAAAGAAACAAAGGAGUACUUCAAAUCCUGGGGAGACAGUGGAGAAAGAAAUUUGUUUGAAGCUCUUUCAGAGCUCAUUAUUUUGACAGCAAGUCAUUGUUUACAUGGGAAAGAGAUCAGAAGCCUACUCAAUGAGAAGGUGGCACAACUAUAUGCUGAUCUGGAUGGUGGAUUUACUCAUGCUGCUUGGCUUCUGCCAGGUUGGCUUCCUUUACCUAGCUUCAGACGUAGAGACAGAGCCCACAGAGAAAUAAAGAACAUUUUCUAUAAAGUAAUCCAGAAACGCCGGCAAUCUGGGGAAAGGGAAGAUGACAUGGUCCAAACAUUGCUGGAUGUUACCUAUAAGGAUGGCCGUCCACUAACAGACGAUGAGAUUGCUGGAAUGCUUAUUGGGUUGUUGUUAGCAGGCCAGCAUACAUCUUCUACCACCAGUGCUUGGCUUGGCUUCUUUUUAGCUAGAGACAAAUCAAUACAAGAACAAUGCUAUGCAGAACAGAAAGCAGUUUGUGGAGAAGACUUGAGGCCCCUAAAUUAUGACCAGCUGAAGGAUCUGAACCUGCUGGACCGCUGUCUAAAAGAAACUUUAAGGCUUAGACCUCCUAUAAUGACCAUGAUGAGAAUGGCCAGAACUCCCCAGACUGUUGCUGGCUAUACUAUUCCUCCUGGCCAUCAAGUUUGUGUGUCUCCCACUGUUAAUCACAGACUUAAGGAUUCUUGGAUAGAAAGUUUAGAAUUCAAACCUGACCGUUACCUCCAAGAUAACCCUACAGCUGGAGAGAAGUUUGCAUAUGUGCCAUUUGGUGCUGGCCGUCAUCGUUGCAUUGGAGAAAACUUUGCUUAUGUCCAGAUUAAGACUAUUUGGUCUACUCUGCUUCGUUUAUAUGAAUUUGAUCUUAUCGAUGGAUAUUUUCCUACUAUAAACUAUACAACCAUGAUUCACACACCUGAGAACCCAGUUAUCAGAUACAAGAAGCGAUCACACUAAGUUUGAGACAAAAUUAUUUCUGUAUUUAAAUUGUGAAAAUUACUGUUUUUGAAUAAGUUAUGACACAAUUAAAUGGUUAAUAUAAAAGCUGGUCCAUUGGAUGUGUAGUGUUAUGAAAGUGAGGUUAAUCUAACCAGAAAAUGUGAAAUUGUUGUAUACUGCACAGGACUGUACAGUCUAAAUUUAACCAGACAUUUUAUUAUAAAAAUAUUGUCUUUUCUACGUGUGUAACUAUUUUGAGGUGGAUGCUGCAUAUUAGUAUAGGUGAAUUCAACUGUUCAGUCAAAUCUUUUUUUACAAAGAUUAGAUGUUCACCUUUUGUCCUAUCUUAAAUUUUAAUUAGUGCUUUAAAAAACCUACAUUCCUUCAUUCAGCUACUUUAAAGGGCAAGAUUAAGCUCAUGGACAUAGUGGGAACAGAAUCUGUUCUCUGAUGCUGGUGCGUAUUUUAAUGUGAACAAGUUGGAACAUGCUCGCUCUGCAGAUUUUCAGCCCUGUCUAUAUUUGCAGAAGUGAACACUUUAAUUAAGGAACUAGUCAGCAAAAAUUGCCAUGAGUUUUAAUUUAGAAAACCUUAACAUUUUCAGUAUCUUUCAAAUGUGACAGGUGAUUUAGGUGCUCACCUUGAGACAGUUUUUGAAGGGUCUGGAUUUUCAAAAAGUGCUGAACCAUCCACCCUCUGAAAAUUAGUUCUGUUUUAAAUUAUGUAAAAUUAGGCAUCCAAAAUAAUUAGUCACACUUGGAAGUCUUGGUUUCAGUGCAAAAAUCAGCAGUAGAACCGUACAAAACCAGAAUUAAUAGUUAAGAGUAAGCAUAUAAAUGACAUUUCUCAGAUAUCUUUAACUGUGUUCAUUGUUUACUAAAGAAAGUGAAAUAACUAGUGUACUAGAGUAGUGUUUGGAGUGAUGUAGAGGGGAGAAUGGGUACUGUAUAGCAGUAAU